GCACUUUACGGCAGGGAGCAGUCUUCCACAUGGCCUGCUGCUCCAACCAGGCUGAGGUGUGUUGGAGGUUUGUUCGUCACGCCGGUGUGUAAUAUUACAAGAGGAAAAACGACACGUUUAUGCGCCGCUCGCACUUGAAAUAAGACUGAAAUGGGUAAAAGUAAAACCACGAAGUUCAAGCGUCCGCAGUUCAACACGGUUGGUUUGCCGGCGAAUGCUGUGAAGGAAGUGGACGCUGAGGAAGAAGACCACGAUGAUGAUGAUGAUGGGUGUCCAGCUGCAGAGUUGUUGGAGAAAUUGCAGAGUCCCAGUGCAGACGUGCGAGAGUUUGCAUGUGCCAGCAUUUCUCGGGUGGUGCAACAGAGCCAGACUAUCCCGGGCUUCCUGCAGAGGGAUGCUGUGAGGCGCCUCGGGCCCAUGCUUUUGGACAGCAGCCUGUCUGUCAGGGAGACCGCCACUGGAGCACUCAGAAAUCUGAGUGCAUGCGGAGGUCAGGAGGUAUGUGAGGACAUGGUGAAGCACGACGUCAUGACGCCUCUGACAGCACUGCUUCGGGAGAGCUGUGCUGGUUUUGAUGGCGCUGCAGUACAGAUGAAUGACCAGAAAAAUGCAGUGGAGGACGUAGCCAAUGAGGCUGUGAACCUCCUGUGGAAUCUCUGUGAGAGCAGCAACCAGGCGCUGACUGUGUUCAACAAAUCGGGUCUUCUCGAUGUGGUCAUCCAGUGUCUGGACAGACACCCACACAACGUGGAACUGGCUAUAUCUGCUGCCCACUGUUUGCACACUGUGACUGAGGAUAACCCAGAGCUGCUAUGUAGCAUGAACACUGCUGUGCUUGGAGCCCUGGAGACUGUGCUGUUGUCAUCUCAGCCUGGCAUGGCACACACUCUCCUCAGGACAUUGGCUGCAGGGACACUGUGGAACGUGAAGGGCAGCCUUCCCGCUGCCCGCCAGGCCCAGACCCUCAGCACCGCGGUGGCCACCUUGUCACAGUGCCUGGAACUGGACGCAGGUACGCUGAUCCCUGAACUCAGACAAGCAGAAGAGGCGCGCCACAGUAACGCACCGGCUGUGACAGACAUGGACGACCAGGCUGCAGGAGAGCUUGCUGUGGAAGAGAUGGACGACGACGAGGAAGCACCUAAACACAAGAGGAACGGAAAAGCUGCAAGAGUCGAUAACGACUUCUCUGACCUCUUGCCUAGGGGCAAGGAGGAGCUGAGGGAGGCUAUGGCCUUGCUGACAGCCCAGCAAACGUCCCUAGAGAUCAUCGUCAACAUGUGCUGCUCUGACGACCCAUCUGACGAUGAGUGGGAGGAGACGUCAAGCAGCGAUGAAAGUGAAAUGGGUGCUGAUGGCCUUUGUGAUGGAGUGUCCAAUCUCAUGUCUCCACUGUGUUUGUCUGCUGAGGUUCACGGGGCCUUGAUCAAUCACAGCAUCCCAGAAAAGGUCCUCAAAAAGACUCAGUUCCCCAAACAGGAAGCCAUGGAUGUGUGCCAUCAGAAUCCCUCCUGGAAAAGCCUGAUAAAAAAGAUGCAGCGGGUACAGUCCCGGGCGCUGACGUGCCUCCAUAGCAUCCUCUCCACCAUGGACGCUGAGUCUCUGGGAGGAGCAGCAGCCCUGCAGGGAGCGGCACAGCACCUGUCCACACUGGUGUUUGGCACAGCAGAGCUACCCAAAGAUGAGGAGUUCCUAGAGGCUGUCAUCAGUGCCAUGCGAUCUCUUCUACAGAUGAUUGCCUCUAAAAAUAUCCCCCAGCACAUGACCCCCCAGCAGCUGAUGAGCCUGAGCGAAGCAGCCACCCGCUGUGAGGUUGUCAGUGUGAGGGUCAACGCCGUCGCCAUUCUAGGCAUCACCGGCAGCACAUUAGCCAAAGAGAAGGGCACUGCUGAAACCCUUCAGUUGAUCGGAAACGCCUUACUUCAAAUUGCUACAAGAGAUGUCGACCUGGUUGUAAACGGAGAAGCACUCGACGCCUUGUUUGAUGUUUUCGCGGAUGGAGACGAGGCGGAGACGGCAGCUAAAAACAUCCAGUUACUACCUGCAUUGAAGGCACUUCAACCUGUGUUUAAGGCCAAGAUUCGUAAAGAAGGGAGAGGCAAGUACAGCCCUCAGCAGCUGUGUGUGCUGGACAACAUCAAAAUCAACCUGAGAAGAUUCAUCGGUUAUCUGGAGAAGGUGGUGAAGAAAUGAGAACCUGUAUGAUUUGGAGAGACGUUUGCAGGACCUUAGAAUGAGACAGAAUAUGGUUGUGAAACCAUUAAGUAUUUAUUAUGUUGGUAAUAGACCGUUUGUUAUUGCUUGAUUUCAAUGUUUAUUUUCUCUAAAUAAUGAUUUACUUAGUGAUGUGAACGUGUAUUUGCUGUGAAGAGAGACAGGGUGGAAUCUAUUCAUUUUUAGUUACUGCAUGUUGCAGUAAAGUUUUUUUUUUUUUAUUUUCUCCUUCUUCAGUUCAUAUUCAUCAUUCAAACCAAAAUAGUUGUCAGACUUGAAUUUGUAUAUUUCCACCACAUAUGUUCCAAGUAACAUUUUAAUAGAUCUGGUGUGGAGACCUGACACCAGAUUUUGACACAAAUACCCUGAUUCUUGUCCCAUAUUUCAGAGGGCCAAACAUUAGAAUGAGUUGGAGGCAGAGCUGUUGAAAACUGCUCAUUGCAGGCCUGUAUAGGAAACAUUCUAGUCUCUGCUACUUAAUGAGAAAGAGAGGAUUUUGUGGAUAUGAAUAUUGUGUAAUUGAAUUUUGUUAAUUGAUUGGCAUGCCUAAAGAAGGAAGAAAAAAAAAUCAGUAACUGACUAAGCUGAAAGGGUUUGGUAAGCUCACUGCCAAGUUUGUAAUAAGACUAAAAUGGAUUUAAACAAGACAUUCUCUACCUCUUCCUCUCUGUGCCUCCUCCACCUCCCGUCUGUGUUCACAGCAGUAAUUGCACACUUUGCGAAGCACUACUGUGUGUAUGGAGUUGUAGCUGCUCUUGCAGUGCUACAUUUUCAAACUGUUCUGUCUGCAAGUUGCCACAGUGGUGAAUAAAUAAACUGAAAGCAUUCUUGUCAAAAGUACAAAUAGAUUAAUAGUGAUCAGUCAGCAUCCAUAAAUGCUGCUACAACAAACCAACCUGCUCUACAACAGAGGAGGUUUGAAUAAUGUACAUGCAGGAUAGGGUCAUCUCUUUUGCACAUGUUCCAUUGUUUAUCAUAAUUUAAGAAGCUUACAAAGUAACAAUCAUCAGCUUUCGAUUAUCCUCUAAAUAAAGGUGACUUUCACCCACAAAUGAGUCAGACAUGCUUGCCAGAUUUGGGUUUCCGGCAACUUUUCAGGGGAAUAUCAAUAAAAUUGCAUAUCACUAAAAAAAAAAGAAACAAUUUCAGAGAUACAUUUGAGGGAGAAUGUGUCUUUAGGCUAUGAAUAAAUGCCUUUUUUGAAAUAAAUCCUGAUUUCUUAA